AUGUCAAACUUGUUGAGGGUGUUGGAGAGGCAACAGAAACAAAGGGAAGAAACAAGGCGUAGACGUGCUCAAGAAGAUCGGGAAGCCGAUGAAGAAGAGGAACUACUGCUUGCAGCAGCGGUGUGUAUGAUGGAUCAAUCAAGGCAACACCGUCGUCCUCGUGCCCCGAAUGUGGACAGACGUAGGGAGUCUCGGGGUAAGAAUCUCAUGAAGGAUUAUUUUAUCCCAAAUCCGUUAUAUCCUGCUUCUAAGUUUCGAGAAAGAUAUAGAAUGCAACCACAUUUGUUCCAAAAAAUCAUGCAUGAUAUUUGUAAUUACGACACAUACUUCAUUCAAAAGCAUGAUGCUGUUGGAGCUUUAGGUCUUAUCCCGGAGCAAAAACUGACAGUUGCUUUGCGGAUGCUUGCUUAUGGGGCAUUUGCAGAGCAGGUGGAUGAGAUUGCAAGGAUGGGAAAAUCUACUGUCCUAGAGUGCUUGGUGAGAUUUUGUGAUGCAGUGGAAAAUUUGUACACGAGGGAGUACCUUCGCAAACCAACGCCAAGAGACCUGCAACGGCUUCUACAAAAAGGCGAGGCUCGAGGUUUCCCAGGAAUGAUUGGAAGCAUCGAUUGUAUGCACUGGCAGUGGGAGAACUGUCCUACUGCUUGGCAAGGGGAGUACGGGAAUCGGAAGGGCCAAAAAAGUAUAAUUUUGGAGGCCGUAGCUUCAUUCGAUUGUUGGGUUUGGCAUGCCUUCUUCGGGGUUGCCGGUUCUCAGAAUGACCUCAAUGUCCUUGGUCAAUCCCCAGUGUUCGAUGAGGUAUUGCGAGGUCAUUCCCCCCAGGUCACGUACCAAAUCAACAAUACCGUUUACUCUGGUGCGUACUACCUUUCCGACGGAAUUUAUCCUAGGUGGACGACAUUCGUGAAAACAAUUCCGAAUCCCCAAUCCGAGAAGGAAAGAAACUUUGCUUCCUUUCAAGAAGGUUACAGGAAAGACGUGGAGAGGUGUUUCGGUAUCUUGCAAGCUCGUUGGGCAAUUAUUAGAGGUGCUGCUCGGAUGUAA